AGUAUCAGAUAUUUAAUGUUUGUUUAUGUGCCUGGUUAUCAUUGACCCAUUUUGAAUUGUUUACAAAUACCAAGUACGUUACAUUAAGCGUAACCUAAAAGGAUCGAGAACUUAUCUAUCUGUUCUGGGAGGUUUUCAAGCUCGGCUUUUAUAAAAGGUGUAACACUCGUUUUCAUCGUCAUUUCUCUUUAAAACGAGGACUAUUUAAGAAUGUCUAGUCUGGAAAUUGGGUCGACAUUAGAUCAAAAUUCUACUGCAAAGUUUUUCAUUGAAUACAAAGGGUUUUUCAGCAAUCAUCUUGCACAUGGUAUUAUAGCUCUUCAUAGGCUUGGAGUCCCUAACGAGCGAAUCGAAAGAUUCAUUAAAUGGUAUUCUCCGAAAUUAGAGUCUACAGCAUCUGACGCCGCCGACGACCGACCUUUCGAAGAGCUAAAAGGUCAGCGUUCUGCUUAUUACACAAUAUUAAAGCAUUACGAAAACUUGCUGAGAGAAAAAUACAAAACGGUCGACGAACUUAUUAAACACGAGUACCCGGACGUGUCAAAGGGUCUUUGUGGUUCGGCAUUGCACGGAACUAUCCAUCUUGGGUAUGGUUAUUCCGUUCAAAAUGAACGAAUCAUCUUGGAAGGCUUAGCGUAUACGUACCACUCAUAUCGGCCAAUUGUCAUGACAAAGUCGGAAGAGGAUUUUGCAGCGUUCGGCAAAGGCACUGUUGACAUCACUGAAGCCCUUAAAAGUCUUCAUGUGAAGAAAUAUCUCUCCAUUAAGGUCGACGCAGCUAUAAAAGAAGAAAGAUGGAAGCCCUUAAAAGUGAGUAAUUUUCAGCUACGAGUGUUCUACAUGUUAACAGACCACGGCGAUUUCCUCACUGACAUGGUUCUCUCCCUUGCCUUUGGACCGGAAGUAAGAGCCGCGGACGGGUCUCUGGAUCCAGUUAAAUUUGGCAGGCGACUUGUAUAUCUGAGUAUGACAGUUUAUGCUCUGGCAGCAAACAGAAAUGAUUUCUCUCUUCUCCAUGGUGUCACGUGUGCUUGGGGCCUUCAUAUGAUUAUACCAUUGAUGUCAAAAGAGAACGGGAUAAAAACUGUAAGAGAUUACUUGACCGUACUCCUUGCCGUAUAUGUUGCAUCGGGGUCGCCGGAACUAACCGUUCCUCUUUCUGAAAAUGAGUUCACUGAUAAAGACUGGACUGAACAUAUUGCCAAAACUGUUGAAGUUGAUAGAGACGAGCACUGUUACAAGCUCGUGCAGGUUUGUUACGAAAUGGCGAAGGACGCUCGAGAACACGGCGAAGAUCCAAAAGUUUACAGUCAAGCUGCAAAAUCUGCCAUAGAUCAUGAGUUGUAUUUUUACACAGGAUGAUCAAUAGACUUUCGUCAAAUGUGCUAAGGAACAUUUACACUUCAGUCGAUGGAAUAGCUAUUGUGUUAAUUAUAUUGUCACAUUGUAACUUCCAAGUAAUAUACAUGUAAGUCCAUACUUUUAUUAUCUGAAUGUAUGACAACU